AUGCCUGACAGCAACGACGCUACUCGGGUCGACAUGGACGAGGCGAUCCGCCUGGCCGCCCUCUGCCGGCAGGCUUUUAAUCUCCUGAAUGCCCAUAUGCCCGACUUCAACCACUCAAAAGCCUACACUGCUGAUGAGAUACUCGCGCUGCCCAUAGACACUGUCCGCCUGGCCGAUGAGUUGCACGGUCUCCCCCGCCGGAAAUCUGGGCGAUCCCAUCUGGCCGGGGCCAUUGCAACGCUGUUGUAUCCCGCCACUUACGAGGAUGCUGUGUCACCCGUCAUACGGUACGACGCUGCGCGGGUGAGACUGCGUGCGUGGGUAGCCCUGCAGCGGAAAUACGACAUCUUUGCCGCUACCAAACGGAACGGCCACAGCUUCCGCGGCUUGACUGGCGGCGCUGCACCCGGUGUGCAUGCGCCUGUCUGGGCAUCCCGGAUCCUUGCUCAGGGCCCGUGGGACCCGGCCAAGCUCCCCGUGGCCCUGGCUGGCACGAAAGCCAUUCCAAUGCCCGUCGCCGUCGCCGAUGCCGCCGAUCUGGCUCCGUUCUUCGGCCACCUCGAGCAGGGCGGCACCCAUGAGCUCGAUGAGAACUCCGCCGGUACUGACCUCGACGGCGGCAAGGGCGAGCCCAUCUACGGUGUCAGAGGCGCCGAGUUCCGCAAAGGCGUCGUCUACGAGGACGGCCGCAUGGAUUUGUGCAAAAUGGUUGUUGGCCCAGAUCACAUCGGCAACCUGAUGGAUAGCUUACGGCCGAACCCCUUCGUCCGACAUUUCCUUUUAGGCAAUAACAUCAUUGGCCCGGUUGGCGCUCAGGAGAUCGCUGGGUUCAUCCGGGAGUUCCCCGACCGUAUGGACACUUGGUAUCUGGCAGGCAACUGCAUCGACGCCCCCAGCUUCAAGACACUUGUCGACGCCUUGAUCAAGUCGGACGCAGUGACCAACGUUUGGCUUAAACGAAAUCCACUAGGUCCCGCGGCUGCUGCAGAUGUCUACCGCCUCAUCACUGAGACAAAAAACCUUCGCACGUUGGACCUCGACCAGACCGAGCUCGGGGAUGCCGGUGUCGCAGAGCUGUUCCGGCGUCUGACCAUGUUCUCUCUUGCUGUUCCCGGCCGUACGCAACUACCCCUGCGCAAUAUUUACUUGAACGGCAACGGCAUUUCGACCAAGGCUGCAUUUGCGAUCGCCGCCUUCUUGGGUUCGCCUGCCUGUGGCAUCACCUCGCUCUACUUGUCAUGCAACCCCUUGGGCGAUAAAGGUGCACAAGUUCUUGCUUCUGGCAUCUGCAAGGCCGACCAGCUCUCUCGGCUAUCACUGCAGUCCACCGGUCUAACAGCUGCUGGGGCUGUUGACAUCGUCCAGGCCAUCACGUCGCAUCCCCGUAUGCGCUCCUUGGAUGUUGGCCAGGCGUAUGCGACCGUUGACCUUGGCCAGGCGUGGAACUACAUCGAUAACGAUGCUGUUCCAUCAAUCUGCGAGCUCGUGUCAACCAACCAGACUCUCAAGUACCUGAACCUGGGCCACUGCCCCAUCACACCGCCAGAGCUGCGCAAGAUCGACGCCGCUGUCUUGAAAAGCUCUCUGCUGUACUACAAUACGUACUCGAUCCUUCCGGAUCCGAAUGCAAAGACUCCAACAUUCAACCCAUCAGCUGAUCAUACGAUGCCAGACAUGCACUCGUGGUCGGCACCGACCAAAGAUGAAAAGGUCCUCGAGAAGGCCGUCGACAACCACCUGGAGGCGAAUGUCAAAGCCACAUAUGGAAACCACAUGACUUACGCAAAAUUCCUUGAUGGGGAGAAACGAUGGAUCGUCAACGACAAGACUGACGUGCGCAAAAUCGAUUCCGUGUACCGCAAUCGCGACGCCGGUAAUGCUCGACGCAGGCUGCAGGUCCUGGUCAAAGACUGGGAUGAGAACGACGACACACUCGAGCGAGUCAUGAGUGCCAAAGGUCCUUUCUGCACUAUACGCAAACACUGA